AUGUCCUCCUCAGCCGGCACCCGCAACAGUAUCCUCCUUUCGGAGUACCUCCUGAGUCGACUCGAACAGCUCAAUGUUCCAGUAAUCCAAGGUGUUCCCGGAGACUACUCACUGGGUCUGCUUUCUCAAUUCCUUGAUCAUCACGCGAAGUCAGGUUCCAAGCAGAACCAUGGGAUCAACGGGAAGGCGCCCGAGUGGAUCGGUAAUGCUAAUGAGCUCAAUGCUACCUAUUCAGCAGACGGUCUUGCACGUGUUCUCGGACCUCAGAGACCCAGCGUAGUGGUCACUACCAUGGGUGUCGGAGAACUGAGCGCAGCGAAUGGGAUUGCUGGAUGCUACUCUGAACGCAUCCCUGUGAUACACAUUGUUGGCACACCCACAAGCUCUGCCCAAGAGCAUGGUCUACUGCUGCACCAUACGCUUGGCGACCACAAGUUUGUCGCGUUCGGUCAGAUUGCACGUCAGAUCACCGCUGCACAGCUCGAUUUUGCUCUACUGAAGCGUGAAGGACGGAUGCAACUCAUGGAAAAGGACAGUGAGGGUACCGGCGAAGAUGCUGCGCGCGAGCUGGACCGCAUCUUGGAGGUUUGUGUGCGUCAGGCGCUGCCUGUCUACAUCGCCCUACCUUCGGACCUUGUGCAUUUCCCCCUGCCGGCUUCCUGCAAGCAUCGUCUGACGGAGCAGUCGCUGCAGACAGGCUUCUCACCGAACAAGGCUGACUCGGAAGCAUACGUCUUACGGGUGAUCACCGACAAGGUUACAAAUGCAAAAUGCCCCGUGAUCCUCGUCGACGCAUGCACCCUGCGGCACAAUGUCGUUAAAGAGACGCGUGCUCUUGUCGCCAGCUCAGGCCUGCCUAUCUUUACCACGCCAAUGGGCAAAACGGCCGUCGAUGAGUCGGACGCGAAUCCUCAGUACGGCGGGGUCUACAUCGGCAGCAUCUCUUCCCCUGAAGUGAAGGAAGUCAUUGAAGAGAAGGCUGACCUGAUCAUCGCAAUCGGAACGCUGCAGAGCGACUUUAACACUGGCAACUUCUCCUAUCGUACAAGGAGGGAGUCAACGAUUGAACUGCACAGUGACCGCAUUUGCGUUGCGUUCGCCACCUAUGAGGGCGUGCGCAUGAAGGGCCUCUUGCCAAAGCUGACGGACGCGCUCAAGAAACACGGUCGACAGCGACUCGAGAAGACAGAAGAACUGCUUCGCGUGGCGCGCCGUAUUCCAACAUUCAACAACAAGCUGCCGACUCCUCAAGAGGAGUUGUCUACCUUUACGCACGAGCAGAUCGGGGCCAUGGGUGGCUCUCAGAGCGUGACGAGCAGCAUCAUUUCUCAAGCAUAUCUCUGGCCGCGCGUCGGGCAGUUCCUCCGCCCAGGAGACCGAGUCAUUGGCGAGACGGGCACAUCUGCGUUCGGCCUGAUGGAAGUACGCUUCCCUCGCGAUGCUCAGUUCUUGGCUCAGGUGCUCUGGGGUAGCAUCGGAUGGAGUUGUCCGGCUACCCUGGGCGUCUCUUUGGGCAUGAGGGAGCUGACAAAACAGGGCGAUGCUGCGGCCAAGCAAGGGAGAACGAUUCUCUUCAUCGGCGACGGCAGCUUGCAAUUGACACUGCAGGAAAUCGGAACGAUGAUCAGACAGGGCCUCACACCAUUGAUUUUUGUGCUGAAUAAUGAUGGCUACGAAAUCGAGCGUCAGAUUCAUGGUGCCGAAGCCUCGUACAAUGACAUUCAGCCGUACAACCACUCGCUGCUACUCGACCUCUUGCGCCCACCGCCCAAUUACAGGCGCCCGACGAAUCCAUCGCAUGCUUCUGAUCCAGAGAUGUCCAAGACAGCUUAUCACGCCACACACACCAAGGCUGAAUUACAUGCACUGCUCAAAGAUGAAGAGUUCAACAAGGCUGAUAAAUGCACGCUUGUUGAGGUCUUCAUGCCCCGAGGCGACGCUCCAGCCGCGCUGAGAAGGCAGGCGGAAAUGAGCUCGAGCACCAAUGCAUAG